AAGUACAUUAAGUAUAGCGUUGCAAAUUAUUCGAAGGCCAUUCAAAUAGAUUAUGUCCGAAUGUCCGAUAGGGUUGUUGUUAUGAUAAGAAGGUGUACUCCAGGACGGCUAACUUCUUUGAUAUCAUUGGUCCACAAUGAUUGCUAUUGUUAGAUUGUUUUAUCUUUCUGGAUUGCUGGGACAUGUAUAUUGUCAAAAUUUAGAAAAACGACUACUUUUGAAUGACCCAAAUGUGAUUCAUUCCCAGCUUACUGAACUGCAACGUCAACUUCAAGAACUGACAUCGAAAUUCAAUGCACAAGAAACCAAACUCCAGACACAGGAAGCAACCAUCAAACUGCAACAGACGAAACUGCUUGCUCAAGAGGGAAAAAUAUCCGAAUUAACGGUUAAACAAUCAGCCACUCAAAAAGAAGGUGCAACAUAUGUUCGAUGGGGAAAACAUGGUUGUCCUGACAACGACACAGAACUAGUCUACUCAGGAUUUGCUGGUGGUUCGUAUUUUGGACACACUGGAGGUGCAGCCGAAUAUGUCUGUUUGUCGCCUUCACCAGUCCUCGUUACUCUGCACGAUAGUGUUCACAAUGCAACAAUGUACGGUGCCGAAUACGAUUCGAACGCCUUUGGACCUGACAAUGGAGACGAUAUGCCCUGUGCAGUAUGUCGUAGUAAGUCGACAUCCAGUGUUCUUAUGAUCCCUGGAACAAACGUUUGUGUCCCGGGUUGGAGAACGCAGUACAAAGGUUACCUUGCAGCGGGGUCAUUUGACCAAGCAGCAGCAUCACAGUACAUUUGUCUGGACGAGAUUCCCGAAACUAUCGUAAAUGGACACGUCAAUAAUAAUGGAAAACUCGUUCAUCCCGUUCUGGCUGUCUGUGGUUCGCUGGAGUGUCCUCCAUACAAAAACAACAAGUAUUUGACUUGUGUAGUUUGUACGAAAUAAAGUUUUCAU